CAGCCAAUGGCCUCAGCCUCCAGCAGCAGCGCCCGGUCGCUGUUCGCUGAGUCGCGCACCCGGCUGGUGGAGCGGGUGGCGGUCAACGUGGACGCGUGCGGCUCGGUGUGCCGCCAAGCAGUGCGCGGCUCCCGCUCCCAGGAGCUGCUGGUCGGCGCGGCGCGCUCUCUCGCCGCCCAGGAGUCGGCGAUCGACCGUACUUGCGGCAACGUGCAGAAGCUGCGGAUCCUGGCGACCCACCUGGGCUACCAGUGGGAGUCGAUCGCCCGCUCCGCCCACCACGUGCCGUCUCUCAGGGACCAGGCGCGCUCCAUGGAGCCCUGAGGCUCGCAGGCGUGCUUGUCGGUUGCGGGUGUUCUCUGUUCGGUCAUGAUCCGUAGCUGGGCAGUCUGCCGUCCAAAGGUAAAACCCCAUAUGUCCAUUGCUGGCCAAUUUGCGUUUUUUAUGCCAUCUGAUUCGUCUUCUCAUGCUGAAUUCGGAUAUUCAAACCAAGAGUCGAAAUUUUCAGUUUCUUGCCUAAAAGAAAGGGCUAAAAGCUUGUGAAAACUUCACCUGAUAGUUUAAAUAACCGAAUUCAGCAUGAGUGGACGAAUCAGACGACAUAAAACACUCAAAAUGACCAAAAAUUAGUAUAUGGGAUUUUGCCUUUGGACGACAGCAGUGGUGUCACAUGCCCGGGUGGUCACCACGGAUUCUAUCAGGUAGUUUGAAUGUGCGAGUCGCGCUCGCAGGCGGCUCGUGUUCAUUCAGCGCAACAUAUACUUGGCAUGCAUCAUGUUUGUUGAGACCCGUGCCUGACGCGACGGCCUGGUACCAGGUCAUGACGUCAGGUACCUGGUCAUGACCACUCAGUGUACCUGCAGACCCUCGUCAGGCCUGCAGCUGGAUCUGGCCACAGUGCUAGCCGCUGUCGGUGUUCUCAUCUCGAAGGUGGCCACACUUCGUGGCUCGCGUCUGUGGUGUGCGCCUGCUGUCCGCUGGCGGUGUUGCGAGCCGGACUGUGCGCGUGAACCGGUCAUGUCACCUCCUCCGUCUCCGUACCCGUCGGCGUCUGACUGGGCUGCUCAUCCGGGUAGACAGGAAUUAGGCUGAAUUGGUUGAUAUUGGGUUAAUAAACGCGGCCGUUGCUAGUUAAGAGCGUUA